CCUUUAUACAUACAUGUCACCUGUCAUGACAAAAGUCAAAACAAAGAAGCAUGUUUUUAAGAAAUAUUGUUGAAUAACAGGCCAGGAAAUUGUGAUUUAUCCAGAAAACUAUAUGCGAUCACUAUGCAGUUGUCUGAAAUAGAUAACGUUAAGAUCUACAAUCUCAGCGUUGGAAAAUCUUUACCCGACUGGCUAACAGAAAGAAAGAAACGCGCACUAUUGAAAAAAAAUGUUGACCUGAGGCGAAGAAUUGAAUUGAUUCAAGAGUUUGAUAUGCCAGGUGUAAGCACCAGCUUACGGGUAUCUAAGGAUGGGCAAUACAUAAUGGCUGCAGGCAUCUAUAAACCAAGGAUCAAAUGUUACGAUGUCAACAAUUUGUCUCUAAAGUUUGAACGGUGUUUAGACUCUGAAGUAGUCACUUUCGAAAUAUUGAGUGAAGAUUACUCAAAGAUUGUGUUUUUACAAUGUGAUCGUUAUGUAGAAUUCCACGUGGGACAUGGACGUCAUUAUCGCUUACGUGUACCCCGGUUUGGAAGAGACAUUGCAUACCAUCGGCCAUCAUGUGAUCUCUUCGUAGUUGGUGCCUCAUCAGAAGUGUACAGAUUGAAUUUAGAAAUAGGACAGUUUUUGGCACCAUAUGUCACAAAAGCAACUGAAAUAAAUUGCUGUGCUGUCAAUGAAGAACAUGGAUUAUUAAUGCUUGGAACAGAAUCUGGCCAUGUGGAGGCGUGGGAUCCACGGACCAAGACUAGACAGGGAAUACUAGAUUGUGCCAUGCACUGUACAGAUUCAGAAUAUAGAAAUGACAAAUUGCCUGCUAUAACUGCUGCAAAGUUUGAUGGUCCCCUCAGGAUGGGCGUAGGCACAUCUACAGGCCAUGUGCUGUUGUAUGAUAUCAGAUCAAGCAAACCUCUCUUAGUUAAAGACCACAUGAAUGAAAUGCCAAUAAAGAAAUUAGAAUUUCAUAAAUCAAUGAAUUAUGUAUAUUCCAUGGAUUCUACUGUUGUGAAGAUAUGGGAUAAAAAUACAGGCAAACAAUACACAAGUAUUGAAUCAUCAGUUGAUUUCAAUGAUUUAUGUGUUAUACCAAACACAGGACUAAAUAUGAUGGCUGUUGAGGACCAAAAAAUGCAAAUAUAUUAUAUUCCUUCUCUAGGUCCUGCUCCCAGAUGGUGUGCUUUCUUAGAUAACUUGACUGAGGAAUUGGAGAGCUCAGCAUCACAAACAGUCUAUGAUGAUUACAAAUUCAUCACCAAACAAGAAUUAGAAUCAUUAGGGCUAGACCAUUUACUUGGAACAAAUCUAUUAAGAGCAUACAUGCAUGGAUACUUUGUAGAUGUCAGAUUAUACAAGAGGGCGAAAUCUAUUGCGGAUCCAUUUGCGUUCGAACAGUAUAAGAAACGUAAGAUCAGAGAAAAGAUUGAACAAGAGAGGCCAUCCAGAUUAAAAGUUGAAGAUAACUUACCCAAAGUUAACAGGGAUUUGGCUUCCAAACUUAUGGAAGAUGGAGGGAAAAAGAAGAAACAAUCUGCUAAUCUUCUUAAAGAUGACCGUUUCAAGGCAUUGUUUGAAAACCCUGACUUUGAGGUGGACAGAUCAGCUGAAGAAUAUCGCUUACUCAAUCCAGUUUUGUCCAGGCUAGAUAAAAACAAGGAAAAGAAAGUGGAAACUGAAUCUAUGCAGGUGGAAGAAACGGAAGAUAAAGACUCUGAUAUGGAAUUCUACGACACUAGUGACGGCGAUAGUUCUGAUGAAGACAGAUCAUGGGUUAAGGAAGUUAAGAAGCAACACAAAAUCAUUCGAAACAAUUCUAGAAAAGAGGACGAUUCCCAAUUAGACGAGGAGACAGUUUAUGAAUCAAACAAAGCGCCAAGAACAACACAUACUUUAAAAAGUUUAUCACGGGUUAGCAAAGCCAGCUUAGGAGAUCGUUUAGCAAAAGAGAGCUUUUCAACAAUGGUCACCAAUAUUGGAGGUAAUCGCGAAAUGAAGUUUAGUAUGAGAGGCAAGAAAUCAGACUCCGAAAAUAAUAGAAAAAUGAAGAAACAUCAUCAGGAAAGAAAGCAAUUUGUACGGCGAACAGGAUUUCUAGCAAAAAAGAAAAUGAAACCUUUUUAUGUAUCCUUUUUAACUCUCUUCAAAAGUACUUAUAAUUUGGUAAUAAAAGAACAAAUGUGCAGAUGGGUAGAUAUGGGCAAUAAACUGGAUAAUGUAAAUUUUUUAAAUGAUUAUGUAGCUAGUGAUUUACUGGACAGCCAUGUACUGGGGAACGACAAGCUUGCUGAACCAGCGAUGGAGAGAUCUACCAGGUCCAGUCUCGACGCCAAUAGUGUCGACAUUGGAGAAAUAACGGAAUCCCCAGAUACUGAAUACAUGAGUACUUCUGCAAUAUUACAUUACUGUAAAUCUAAGAUAUUACUUCCUUAUUUAAAACUGUUAACUAUUAUGGGACUACGGCCGGUACUAGAUGUAUCGAAUUCUUCUAAGUGCGCAAUAUGUUGUUCACAUUUUCACUCAAUACAGGUGGCCAUACUCAUGUUUUUAGGAUACGUUCUUCAAUAUAUGGCUUGUUUCAGGCGGGACAGAGGAUUCUGUUACAAGUUAGUUCCGCUGGCGUUGACGUCCACCUUAGAAUAUGACAACUAUAAACAAGUGUGUUAUGGAAAUGUUAUCUUCACAUAUAUCGGGCCCAGUAUAUUGCAUUACGUGGGAUUUUUAUACGCCCUAUAUUUAUUUCGGAUAUCAGAUAACGAACAAUUACAAAAUCUAAUGGAAAGGGUAUUUCUACUGUCCUCAUAUUCACCACAAGGAAUGCCCACAACAAAGCCAAAACGGCUGUUACACAUGUUGUGGUUCUUUAUAAUAUUAAGCGUCCUGUGGAUGUGUCUGUCAUUAUGUUCAGUCAACUUGAUGUUGGCUAGAGGCAAUAUCAUCUUUAGGUGGAUGGAAACCAGUUCAUAUGAAGUCACAAUGUUGCUAAAGAUCUUACUAAUAGUAUGCACAUUGAUUCACGACAUGGUGCAAGCAACUAUCAUUACAAGUUACUGCCUGCAAGCACAGCUGCUACAAGCUCAUCUCAUGUUCCUCAAAGAGCGCCUUCUUAAUCGAACUAUUACUCCACUUAAUUGGAUGAGAGAAAUAGCAGAAUUCCGUAAACUUUUAAAAUACUUGAACGACGAUCUAGCGCCCGCAGUCUGUUUGUUCACCAUAGUGAACAUCUCAUGGGCGACCUCUGGUGUCAUGUGGCUGCUCAACUUAGAUAAAGUGGAUACGGAGACAGAACCACUAGUGGGCAUCAGCAUUCUCAACGAGCUUUUGUGGAUCUCAGCGGUCGUUGUACCAUUUGUUCAGGCUGCUCGUCUAUCAAAAGAGUGCCGUCGCACGCAGUCGGUGGGGCACGAGCUGUGCGUGCGGCCCUUCCUGCACCAGGACACGUCGCAGGAGGACAUCACCAGCGUGCUCAUGUACGCCUCCACGCUGCGGCUGCACGCCAAGCUCUUCCACUACCCCAUCGCUGGGCGGUACCUCUGUCUCGUGCUAACGCUCACCGUCAUCGUGCUCUUCUCACUCGGCAUGUGCCAUCUAUUACAAUAAUCUACCAAUAUACAACUUAUAUUGGUAAAUAGAAUAAUAAGACUGUUUUGUAAAUAAUUUAUCAAUUUCUAUUAUGUAAAUAAUUUUAAUUAAUUUAAUUGUUGAACUAAAAUUAUAUUGAUUUUUUAAAUAAAUUUUGAAAAUUGCGCCUAUGUAAUUGAAGUUAGAAUAUCGGGAUA